AUGGCGACAGCAAUAGAAGAGGAGCUCAUAUUAGACUGGACUACAGCCAUCGAGGCACUCGACCUGAUAUCUAUUCAAGAGAUAUUUGACAUGCAACCUGAAUUAUUGUGGACACCGUUACAACCUCUGGCACACCUUGAGAAUGAUUUCUCUCAUUUCAUAAACAAGCUGGAAGAUUUCAAGUUACUGGGCACAUCGAUACGUCCAGUGUAUGCACUUCAUCACAUCUUGUUUGAUUACGGAUUAGAAGGAGACGAGUGGGCCCCUGAGCGUAUUGAAUUGGUGGAUUUCAUUCUAAAGCACACCAAAAGAAACGAGCUCAAUACAUGUCUGUGGGGCAAAGAGCAGAACACAGUAAUGCACCUUGCGUACUUGAUCAAUCAGCCAGAGUUGACGCAACAAUUGAUGGAUAAAGGUGCCUUGACCAAUAUACCAAACAAAUCCGGACAUUUGCCCACCAAGCAAACCACGGGUGGGGACGAUGCUACAAAUACCAACGCUGGAGUUACACCAGAAAAUGAUGUGAACUCAACAGCGACAUCAGCACCACCAGCAUCUGACAAGCCAACAAAAGAAGAUACGCAACCAGAAGUGAAACUCUUGAUCAGCAAAUCAAAAGCAGCAGCAGUUAAUAAGGAACGCAUCCCUGCUAAUGCAUCAGACCGAUUCAAGCGAUUGCGUGAAUUAGCAGAAUCACCCAACGCCAACAGCAGCAAGCCCAUUUCUGAAAGACAGAAUUCAACGCGCCGCUAUUUCCGCCCUGGGCACCUAGAGGAAAGAAGGCGUCGAGUGCUCAGUGAAGAAGAGGAAGCAGAAUUGGAAAAACAACGACUCAAGAGACAGAAAGAAGUGGAGAUGCUUGCACAGCGAUCUGCUGUCAAAAACAACCCACUGUUCAGAAAGUUUGAGGAGCAAACACAGGGCCAACAGCAGCAACAAGGAAAGCCUGUCAUUUCAGCUGUUUCUGCCAUUCGUGAUAGAAAAAAACUGUUGGGCGCUGCAGAUCAGAUCCGUCGUAGCUCUCGAGUGAUCAAUUCGCUAAAGGACCGAUCCUACGUUUCGGGAAGUGUGUUUCGUCAACAAUCAGAUACUGCUGCAGGGCCGAAUAACAAUGAAAAUGAACUAAAGGUGCCUACUUUGGCUCAGCUAAGAGCUGGGUCGUCAGCACCAACAACAUCGAUUUCUAGAGAAACAUCGCCUAAUGUGAGCGACAAUGAGGAGGAAGGAGCAGUGGAGCCACUAAAAAACAAAUCAGAGUCUAGCAAAUCGCCCAUUGAGGACAAGCACGCAAUCACUACGCCAACCAAGGAAAAUAUCAGUUUGACUACUGACGCAGUAAACAAUCCACCUGAAACUGAAACCUCUGCAGUAAACAAUGAAACCAAGGCUGACAGCUUAGCAGUAACUAAGGAAGAGCCGUCAGUCAAGAGCUCCAAGGAGGAUGUCAAACUUGAUACACCUGUAUCAAAAGUAGCCAGCAAUGCAAAUAACGCAGCAACCGCGACAAAGACAGCCGAAAAUGACAUUGAGGCACUAUCUGUUGGCAAAUUAUCCCUUGCAAACAAAGAAGUCAAAUCAACCAGUGCAGCCACAGAUACUGUUGGCUCUAGCAAAGUGAAGCAAAUCGUCAAUGUGCAUGAACAUUUGAAUGACGAGGAAGCUAUUGAAAUUUACUCUACUGGCAAAGUCUUUUCAGUAUGGAAGAAGAAUGAAUAUGGCGAGUUGGUAGAAGAAAAGCAGGAAAAGUCGAUCGUCAAUAAGGAAGCGGCGUCAAAAGUCAUCGACGAGUCUAUUGAUAACUUUAUUGACAGAUCUGUUAGCAAGCCCAUUGACAAAGCUAUUGACAAGCCCACCAUUGAUAAAUCCGCCGACAAAUCUAUCAAAAAAUCCAUCGACAACCCUACUGAAAAGCCUACUGACAGAUCUAUCGAUAAAUCUAUUGGAAUAUCUAUAGACAAAUCGACUGCAUUUAGUGAUGGUAACAAUAAGAUUUUGAAGCCAUCGCUGCCUGCAAAGAGCAAAUCUAGGCCUACGAGUAGAGCGAUCUCUGCAAAGAAAGAAGCUCAUUCGGAUACCACAAGUUCUGCUGUGCCUAAUUCCGACAAAGAUCGACAAGGCUCUACGGAUAAAGAGAAGAUGACAGAGCCUAAUUUGGCAGGUUCCAGAUCAAUCAACCAUGUUAGUAACACUCCCGAGGUACAAGAGGAGCAACAAUUAAUGAGCAUGCCAAGAGAUGCGUCCACGAAAGAGCAUCGCCGUGUAUCACAAGAUGAUAUUGUAGAUCAUACGCUCCCAAUUGCACUGACAUCGGUGUCACUCUCAACAGUGGCCCACGAAGAAAAAUCACGCGAGAACAAAGAAGAGCACAAGGAUCAGCAGAAGGUGGAAAACAAUGCUAUGAUGGAAGAAUUUUCAGCUACUACAUUCACCGUAUCUGCUGUACCUAAUACACCUACCACAUCAAUUGCAUCUACUACGCCUACUACACCUACUGCACCUUCUACACCUAUUACACCUACUACAACUACAUACCAGGAGGAUCUCUCACUCGCUACGAAAUCAACGACAAUAAUAGACCGUAAAUUAGACACUUUUAAUAAUCGCCUUAAAAUUAAUACAACUACAGCUAGUACUACAAGCAGUGAUGAUGAGGAUGAUCAAGAUCAAGAUUCAGCGACAACACCUACGCUAGCCAAUCCUCAACCAGAGCAACAAAAGCAGCUUGACGCUUUGUUGAAUCAGAGAGACAACUUUGAAUUUCACGAUGAUACCAACCAAAUAGACAAUAGAACCUCCUACUGCUCUGACACCAACGAAACAAGCAUUCUUAGAAGUUUUAAUAUGCAACAAGAAGAACAUUUUGAUCAAUGGACACAAGAUAACCGUAAGAGUGCCACUGCUGCUGCUGCGAAGAAACGACAGAGCGGUAGUCAGAGAAACUACUGGUCUACAGGCAUUCAAAUGGUAGACGCUGCUGCCGCUGCUAAAAAGAGAGAAUCUGUUGCUAGCAGUGUGGCUGCUCAAUCCAUGAGCGAGACAGGCAGUGAACAGUGGUUUGAUCCUGACGAUGACUGGACGGUGGACUCUAGAAGACAAUCCCAGAUGAAAGCAAACAGACAGAGUGAUUCCUCCAACGAUUCCAGCGCAUUUUCUUACAAACACUCUGAUUUGACUGAAAAUACAAGAUUAGAGGACGAUGAUGAUGAUCAGAAUAGCGACGAAUACAGCUAUUACAAACAGCAAGUGCGAUAUGACCACAUUACGAGCCAAUCUCAACAAGAGCACGUACAUUAUGAUGGUAAUGACGAUGAAAAUGACAAGCAACAAAGACAAGAGAGCUAUUACUCGACUGAUGGACAUGCUAUUCCGUCAAGAUUUGAUGGCAGAGAAUCUGUGAUUGAUGUGCUGCCUCCAUCUUUGCGUUCAGUAUCUAAUGAUGGCCAAGAAGACAAUGACUAUACCACCAGCUUACAUUCAAUGCCCCCACAGCCAAGCACGCAAAAUGCUCAACCACGUCAGCUGCACACGACAACACUCUCUAACAAUGCUAUUGCUACUGCAACUAUUGAUCGUCAUAGCGACAGUGAAAAAGAAGACUAUUAUUCCACAAAUCUACAUGCGAAAUCUGCCGAUACAGAGACAAGCUCUCGUCAACUGAACACUACUGCAAUUCCUCAUCCUAUAAUAGCUACAGCAGUGAUAGAGCACGCUAGUGAUGGCGAUGAUAUAACAAAGUCUCCAGUGCAGUCAACCUUGCCGAAUCAUAGUGAGGCUCAUCAAGUACAUGGUACAGCUGCAUCUCCAAUUAUCAUGUCUCAUGGAUCAGCGCAUGUAGAUGAUGCUAUCCAGGACGACUACUAUUCCACAAAUCUACACACAAGUCCUUCACAGCAAGGCCAAGCCCCCACCACGCAUGACAGCCACCAAGAUGUAGACGAUAGUUACUAUUCUACUCAUUUACAUACAAACAGAGAACCAACAGUAGACGCACCACCGCGCCAGUUGACUACGGCAACAGCCACUACGUCCACAGCAUCGCUUGGUCACAACGAGGAGGACGACUACUACUCUACCAUGUUGCAUACAAAGCCAUCAUCGCCUUCUAAUCGUACGGAGGCAAAAGGAAUGAGCAGCUAUUAUCAACACAAUGACGACAACGACCAAGAUGAUCACGAACAAGAGGGAGAGAUAACCGUGUUUAUGAAUCAUCAGUUCCAUCAGUCAUCUGAACAAGUAGUAGCUCACAAUCAAUCCAUGAACUCAUUGCAUUCAAGCACCAGUGAACCAGCACCGCAACGAGACUUUCUCUCUGUCAAAACAGAGAUUCACGAUAACGACGAUACGUAUUCACUCUACAAGGUACCAUCUCGCACUGUCGAUAUUGCUGAUGCAGGGACUGUACAGGCAUCUGUGCCUCACGACCCCAAUCAUCCUCGCGUUGAAGAUAUCUCUCAUUACAUGAACGCACUGCCUGUUCUUGGUAGCAACAGCAGAGAUGUAGGUGGAUCCGUAUUUGAUCUUGAUCAGCAGCAAGAUGCCAUUGUCAAGCGAGCCAUUGCCACCAAAGAUCAGGCGCAAUUGGACACGGAAGCAGCGCUGCCAACCACAGAGCUGAACCCUAUUCGGGGCAUCCCUAACGCGCACGAAGUCAAUGAGCAUUUCAUGAGCAACAUGCAAGCAAUAGAGGAAGGCAAAAUCUCCAUGUCGUCCAUGGAAGCCAGUCAGUAUGGCAAAAUGUAUAUUGGGGUCAGUGGGGCCCAUCAUAUGCUGCUACCUCUGCCCAAGGAAAUCACCUAUGUUCGCUGUGUUAUCAGUGAUGGAGAAUACGAAUACAUGUCGCGCUACGAGAUACUGGGACACCAGAUUCUGAUGGACUACGAGUGCGUUAUAGAUACCAAGCCUGGCAUGAUUAUCACCGUCUCUUUGCAUGUUCGACCCGACUAUCAUGUAAAGCCAAGGACAGGCUGGAGUCGCUGGUUUACAUCCAUUCGUAAGCAAAAGGAGCAUCUCAGUGGCUACGUGCAUCCGGAUGAUGGUGCUAUUGGACAAACUCGAUUUGCAGUGGAUCAUAUGGUGCCGGGAUGCUACAAAAAGACAUAUGAGGCUCAUUUCGACUGCUUCAACUCCUGGUAUGCCCGAACAAACAGAGAGCGUGCGAGAAGAGAGCAGUUUGGAGACGAGGAAGACUUUCUCAAGAUUGUGGGUAAACUGAAUGUAGAGAUGCUGUAUCUGCCUGUGUCUAAUCCCUCUGUGCAAGUGCCAAGAAGUUUGCGUGAAUGCGACUUGACAUUGAAGAUUCGCCAGUGGCACGAUACAUGCUGGCAAAGUGGCUACCUGACCACCAGAUGCCAAGGAAACAAGAUUUGGGAAAGACACUUUUAUCGGUUAAUUGGCAGUCAAUUAAUUGGCUAUACAAGUGAAGACAACGGGAGUGAUCGACAGGUCUGGGAUCACUACAAUAUAGCGGACGUCUUGAAAUUAAGUGCGGCAGCGGACAAGGUCAUCAUCACGCUGAUGGAAGAAGAUACCUCCAAAGUGUUUACAGAUUCCAUUCACUCAUCAGACACAAAGGGGUUCUUUAGAUUGACGUUUUCCGACUAUUAUUUGGAUUGCGUCAGUGAUGAUUUGGAUGACAGUGAGGAAUGGGUCAGGACGCUGAAAUCAAUGAUUGGGAGGGUUCCACUAAGGUUACCAUUUUCAGAUUGA